AUGCUCUUCUUCAUGGUGCCCCUCCUCUAUGUUCUCUACAUGGAUCUACCUCCAGCCAGCUCCUGUAUCAUGGUAGCCGAACAAGUGCGCAUGAUCAUGAAGGCGCACGCGUUUGUUCGGGUCAACAUCGGUAAGGCAAUUCACGGAUUCGACGAGACUAUAGAUAUCAGUGCUCAAGAGCACCCGAUUGGCACCACAGCGACAAUAUCAGGAAAGACUCCGCAAGGACAGAUUCACGACAACCGUGGAUGGUGGACAUUAAAACCCACUACUUUUUCAGCUGGUCGAUGUAAUCCAGAACCAGCCGACUCUACUGAAGUAGGGAGACGCGGUCGUUCCCUGUCAGAAGAGCCAGAGGCCUGUGAUGGAGAGGAAAAUUAUGAAUCUGUGCCCACGCCUUGGCGGCCAUCCUUUUCACACUACCUCUACUUCAUGUUCGCGCCAACCCUCGUGUACAGAGAGAACUAUCCACGCACACCGCGCGUACAUUGGCACUACGUGGCUAGUAACUUUGCCCAGGUGGCGGCCUGCGUGGUAUAUGCCUAUUACAUCUUUUCGAGGUUCUGCUUUCAGCCAUUUGCUCGGUUUGGUCGUUCUGAGAAUUUCCAUCUCUCAUUGCGACAACUCGUCCUCUCUGGACUUAAUCUCACUCUGCCAGGUGGUUUGCUCCUACUUCUAACCUUUUUCUCAUUCCUACACUGCUGGAUGAAUGCAUUUGCUGAAAUGAUGCGCUUCGGAGACCGUCUCUUCUACAAAGACUGGUGGAACAGCACUGGCUUCAGUGGCUGGUAUCGCACAUGGAAUGUAGUAGUACACGACUGGCUUUAUACCUACAUUUACAGAGACAUUUUUUUAGCCCUUGGCCGUGGCCGAAAGGCCAAGCUAGCCGCUGCCUCUAUAGUCUUUCUCAUAUCUGCUUUCGUUCAUGAGUACAUACUCACCGUGGUUUUCCGCUUCUUCUACCCAGUCCUGUUUCUCUUCUUCGGCGGAUUCGGCUUCCUUUUUUUUUUCGUCCGCGGACAAUCACGUGGUUGGAAUGUCAUGCUCUGGGUGCAGCUUUUCAUCGGGAUGGGUCAAAUAAUUUGUCUAUAUUCAAUGGAGUGGUAUGCCCGUCGUAAUUGUGAGCCAAUCUUCAACUCUUGGCUCGAUUUUUGGGUGCCUCACAGCUGGUUCUGCACUCGGCGCAUGCCUGUACCCCUCUACGCUGCUGCCGCAACAAAUCAAACAAGGUAG